GACCCAAAACUCAUUGGAAUCUUUUCAAAUUUGCCGGAAAACCGCGAUUUUCUUAUGACUUUCACCCUUUUCGUCAACUUUCAGCGAGCCAAAUCAAAAUCCAAUCACAGCUCCAUUCUUCCCUUGUCAAGGGCGGCCUUUGCCGAAAUUUUGGGGGGAUUUGGAGUCAAUUUUUCCCGGUGAAGUCAUUGCCGGCGAGCCUCCGACAAGCUUCCGACGAAGCUCCGGCGACCCUCCACCGGCCUGUUUUCGACCAGUUUUUCACCUCCCUCGCCCUCUCCUCACUUGCCCUACCAUUCUACUUGAGUCUCUAGGUUUGUUUUCAACUCUACCUUAGUUAAAUUGGGAGAAUCGGAUCAGGUAGUGAAGUGAGGAGAACCUAGAGAAUUGAAUGUUGAACUUAGCAAUAGGGCGAGGAAUUAGGUGAAAUGUGUUGAAUAAACGAUUGAAUGAUGUUUGCAUGAGCGUAUUUGAGCCUUGGUGGGCAUGAUUUAAUUCGAAUUGCUUUUAUUUGUGGAAUUUGGCCACCAAAUGCUAAUUUGUGAAUGAAGGUGCAAUUUUUAUGCUUGAGUGGUAGUUGGUAGCCACCGUGGCAUGGUUCGGGUUUUUAUAUUUGUAUGGAUAAUCCAUGAAACAACUAGAACCAUGCCUCGGUGUGCUUGUGCUUAAUUGUUUCAAAUGGCAUGGAGCCGUAGUGGAAAUAUAUGUGUGGGAGGGACUUCCUUUUUCCUCCCAAUGAGUUGAGAUUGACAAUUAUUUCCACGUAUGGUGCACGUUUGUCAGUUUUGUAGGAUGCUUAAUUUGGAGCAUGAGCACAUCAGCUACUUGGUGAACCAUGCACGAUUUUAGGCUAACUUUUCCUAUCAGAGGGACACUCCGAUUGGACCGUAUUGGAGGCUAGACUUGUACAUGUUUAACAUGUUUAAGUGUCGAGCCGCAAUGUCAGGGGUUGCCUGUCACCCCCAGCGGUGCCAGCUGCUGACAGUGGAUUAGCUCAUCUACCAUGAGCUAUGCGUGGAGUUCUACUCCACCUUCUCCCACGUCGUCCCGAAGAGGCAGAAGAGUCAGCCCCACGUGAAGUUCAUGCUUGGAGGUCAGCCGCGGGUGCUUACUUACGAUGCUUUCGCCCAGGCCAUGGGUUGGAUACCACCUACAUGACGAUGACGGAGCGACAUUACACCAUCGAUUUCCACUAUCAGGCUGCUUUCCAGGCCCUCUGCCUUCCCGAGCACGAGCAGGAUGAGGAGAGGUGGAUGUGGAGAGGUGCUCCAUCGUUGGCCGGACCGAGCCCUUCCCAAUGGAGACUCUCUACAACAUGAAGUUGAUGCUUCAAGGAGAGUGAAGGAUAGAGUACCUCGACGGGCUUCGACCCUCAGCAGCUGUGAGGCCAUCAGUUGAACUCACUCCACUUGAGCCUAAUGCAGAAGUCCCUCCUCGAGAGUGAUAUGAUCCCAAACCUCUUGAAUUACAAACCUCAAGGGAUCGAUCAAGAAGCUGGAUCAAUCACGGAUAAGGAGGGCGAAUUUUGCCCAAGUCAUUUUUAUGUUGCAGGGUACCAUCUUUGGGAGCUUGAUACUCUAAAAUGGUUCGAAUAAAAUUCAAGGCAAGGG